ACAUGAGGCCGGUCUGGCGAUGACGCGCUUUGCGCCUGCGCAAGUCCCGAGAGCUAGCAAAGUAAGGUUUGCCAAUGGCAAAUGACUUCAAACUCUUCCAGAGCAUCCCCGUCUUUGAGACUCCCGUGUAUGAGCGGCCGCCACUGGUAUAAAGCGCUCCCAGGUUGAACCAUCGCGCGCCGCUGCUCCCUCUCGAGCUCCCUCCGACCAUCCGAACCACAUAAGAGAAUUCCGCCAGAUCGCCCUCGAAACUACACUGCGAUGGCUCAACUCUCCGACUUCCCCGAUGAGAUCAUCCGUCACAUCCUUCACUUUGUGUCUGCUGAAGACAACCUCCGCAACUUCCAGCUAGCAUCACGACGCCUACAUAAUAUCGCGAACGAGCCCCUGCUGUGGCGAACUCAUUGUCUGCGUUGUUUCCACUUUUGGGAUGCGAGACACAACCUCGAGAAGAAGCUCAAAGCCAGAGCCUCUUCGGUUGGCUGGAAGGACUUGUGGCUGAAGAGGCGGAGAACAAACUUUCGGGUGGAACGAUGGCUGGAUGGUAUCGUGAGGACCACCAGAGGUCAGGCCAGGAGGGUAGCAGCCAUCUGUGAGCUUGGGCUAGAUGUCAAGGACUACUUGCUGGAUCAGCGCUACAUUGACGACUCGGACGAGUAUGUGUUGGCGAAGAAGUACUGGGCGCAAGCCACCUUGGACAGUCUUCAUAGGGGACUAGCAGUGGAGGUAUGGUUCAGUUACCAAGGGCGUCUCAACAGCAGGGAACAUCUCGAUGCUGCGCUGGGGGCUUUUGACAUGUUUGUCUUGCACGACCAGGAUCAUGAUCUUAACUACAUCGCCCGGACGCUUGAUCAGUACGCCAUCCAAUACAUCACGGAGCAUCCACAUUCCAAAAGGUUCAACACGAGAGACAAAGCCAUUAAUCUGAUGCGCUGGCUUCGACUCAAGAAUUACAUUGGCGCCGAGUUCCCCAUCAGCGAGUAUCGCAAUCUGCAGUACUGCCUUAUUGGACACGUCCUAUCCGAAAGGGAGCACGCGUCGCUCCCCCUGGUUGCGGCUGCCAUCUUCGUUUGCGUGGCCCAACGGUUGGGGAUAAAUGCCGCCUGUCUCAACUUCCCAGGUCAUGCCUAUGUCAGCGUCGAGCCGCCCGCCGGCGAAGACCUGGACGGCGAACUUGUGUGGAGCAACAAGCGACCGACAGCUUUGCACCGCAUGUACAUCGAUCCCUUCACCUCUGAUCACGAGGUGCCCAUCGAAUACCUUCGCGCCAAGUUAGUCGAACAUGGCUGGGAAAGCGACGACGACUCUGCCAGUUUCCAGCCGUCGCCCGUGCCCAUCAUCGUCCAGCGAAUGGCAAAAAACCUCAAGGCCUCAUGGGCUGAGGUGUAUACGCUUCCCGAAAACGACCCCAAGAUCAUCUCUACCGGCCGCCUCCGUACCGGUGUUCCUCUUCGCAACCUCAACACAGCCAAAUACGCCGCCAUGUGGGCUGACCUCAUGUCCAAGGAUCCAGCCACCUUUCGGUGGAGUGACUCCCUGUCCAGGCUCCUGGCAGAAUGUUCACAACACUGGUCAGAAGAUUUAUGGAUUCUCGAGAAGUAUCUCUCGCCCGUGUACGAAGCGUACGACUCGUUCCUCAAACGCCAGCCUAUGGCCAUGGAUGACCGCGUCGGGUGGCAGCACGUUCCGGAUAUCAUCCGAAUGAUGAACAAUCUCGACAACCGGGGGUCAACAGCGUGUCAUAGAAGGUACACAGAGGACAUUCAGCGGUCGGUGCACUACAAGAUUGGACAGGUUUUUAGGCACAAGAGGUACGGGUAUGUGGGCGUUAUCAACGGGUGGAGAAGCAAGAAUAUGAUGCUGCCGGAUCCGCAUACGGUCUCGCAUGAGGAUGCAAGAGUGGAAGGUGGAAGAUUUGAUAUGUAUUCCGAGAUGGGGUAUGGCCGGCGGCCGACUGACAAGAUUUUUUAUACUUGCGUGAGACCGGCGUAUUGUCGCCUCAGAAUUGCGCAGGAGAAUGUGGAGAUUAUCACCGAUCCGGCUGAAAUUCCAGAGGAGCUUUUUAUCGCGGCGGGUAGGUUCUUUAAAAGGUUUGAUCGGGAGAGUUGUCGGUUUGUUUCCAACAUUAAGGAGUACUACCCUGAUGAUUGAGGUCUGAUUUGUGUUUGCUUUUUGCUUUCUUUCUUUUUAAUAUGUUGGGA